CAUGUACCUCUACGCCUCCAACAUUAGACCGAGCAACUGCAGCCGCUUGUAGGUUCCCAUAGCAGGGAGAAUACAAGCAAAAACCCUGGCCCCCUCCGACGAGCAUUUCUAAACUAGAAGGUCUGCGACUUUAUUUCCACAAGGGUCUUAAAUUCGGUUUCAUUUUCGGACGUAUUUCUUGUGCCCGACCGUGGCUCGAGGAUCUCACCUCCUCUUCACUGUCGAGCAUAGCAAGGGAGAGAUAGAGAGAGAAAAAGAAGCCAUGUCGCAAAAAAUCACGGGCAAGAACCUCUCAUACUCCCAAAACCUCCCACCUUUCCUCGCGCGCCUACAGGGACAAGGCCGCGGGCCCGCAGAUGGACCCGAUCCGAUACUAGCCGGCCGGCGCCGGGCAGCUCGGCCGCGUGACGACGGAGAGGACGCUCCCGUCGUGCUGGACGAGCAGGGAAAUGUCGUCGACGAUGUGCGCGUCGGUGUAGACGGGUCGGCGGUGAGGACUGCUUUCGGCUGCGGGGACGACGAAGGUGCUGGUGAGGAGGGCGACAAGAAUGCGGGCGAGGGCGCUGUCGAUGGUGCGAAAAGAGAGGUUGGAAUCGGGGCUAGGAAGAGGAAGGUCGCCCCAGGUAAGGUGAUUGGUGGGGCGGAUGAGGACGAUGAGGAUGAUGGUAGUGUUGAUGAGGUCCCCGGCAAGAAGAUGGGCAAGGGCGGCAAGAGUAAAGCCGCCGUGACGGACCAUGAUGCGGGCGGAGAGACGACACAAGCCGUUGCAGCGUCCAAGAAGGCAUCAGCAACCUCAACUGGGGUCGGGAAGUCAACGAGUAGCAAAGGGCAGAAGAAGGCCAAGAAGAUCAAGCUCAGCUUUGGCGAUGACGGGGAUUGAUUCGGCACUUGUACACCUCAUGUUUAUUAUAUCUACUUACGCUGCAAUAUUUAAGUAAACACCUCGAUCGGCACCUGGCCUGGCUUUGGUCGCGGAUGGCAGAAGAAGCGCGGCGGGCGUUGUAAGGUUAGAGAAUCAAAACCAGCACCCAAGACCAAAUCGCAUUUGUUUUGGACCGUACAGAGACUGAAGGCUGCUGCAUGUAACGCCGGCAAGG